AAGGUCUAGGGCCAACGUCACAUUUCGGGCGGUAUCAUGUCGUCAAACUUUUAUUGAUAUCGUAUUGAACACGAUAAGAUAGUUUUCGCUAUCAGCUUAGCCGACAAUCCAUUGUUGUAUUUGAGUUUCAGUGUACACGGUCACACGAGUGUGUUCGUUUAAAAUGUGCGUCUAGUGAUUAAAAUGAGACAGUGUGGUGUAUCUAUUUACAAUUUGACACGGCGGUUGUGCGAGUGCCUUAGGUCGUGUGUCACGUUCAUCUGCUGUUGCUGCAAUGGCAACAAAGUAUCAGCGAUAUCAGAGACGCGGCAGAUUGAGGUGGGGACUACGAUAGAAGGGGACAAGAAGAAACACAAUAAGAUCAAGACGUCGAAGUACACGAUGCUCAUGUUCAUACCCAAGAACCUGACGGAGCAGUUCCGGAGAGUCGUCAACUUCUACUUCCUGAUUGUCACCCUCAUCUCUGUAGUUAUAGACAGUCCCGUAUCCCCGUUCACGAGUAUAGCACCCCUUAGUUUCAUGGUGCUUGUGACUGCUAUGAAGCAAGGGUACGAAGACUGGCUGCGACAUCGAGCUGACAACAAGGUCAAUAAUCAAAUAGUGGAAAUAGUCCACAAAGGGGUUAUUAAGGAGGUCCGCAACUCUUCAAUCGCACCGGGCACGCUGGUCCGGGUGCGUCGGGGGAAAGAGGUGCCAGCAGACCUGGUGCUCCUCUGUUCAGCUGGCGAAAAGGGCAAGUGCUACGUCACGACCGCCAACCUCGAUGGGGAAACCAAUCUGAAGACCCUGAGGGUGCCAGCGCCGCUAGUCGGCUACACGCCAGACAUACUCCCUCAAAACAUGCGGAUUGAAGUGCCGCAUCCAGUGGCAGAUCUGUACACGUUCUAUGGCCGGCUCGACAUCCCGAGCAUGGACAGUUUGCCGCUCACGCCGGACAACCUGAUGCUGCGAGGGUCCCGGGUGAAGAACACCGAGUGGGCUAUAGGAUGCGCCAUAUAUACUGGCGAAGAAACAAAACUGGCUUUGAACUCCAAAUACUCCGGAAACAAGUUCUCAUCUUGCGAGCUGGCAAUCAACGGAUUCCUAUUAUUCUUUAUACUCCUUCUAGUCUUCGAAAUGUUAGUGUCAUUGAUUGCUAAACUCUUGAUAGAGAGAGCAAAUCCGGAGAGGGACUUGUACCUGGGUCCAGGAUCCCCGUACCCGGUACCCAUCGGUGACCUCCUUCAAGAUCUGUUCUCGUUUCUUCUACUCUAUUAUUAUAUUAUUCCGAUGUCGCUAUACGUCACUAUCGAGUUAUAUAAAUUUAUUGGUGCUUUAUUCAUUGGUUGGGAUAAGGAUCUCCGUUGUGAGGAGACCGGCAGGCCAGCCGUCGCCAACACAUCGGACUUGAACGAAGAGCUCGGCCAAGUCGAAGUGUUGUUCUCAGACAAAACUGGCACUCUCACUAAGAACCUCAUGGUUUUCAAAACAUGUUCAAUAAGAGGUCGAAUGUAUGAGGAAAGGGAUAACAAACUUUAUGAUGUGGAGAGGUCCGCUGAACCCGUGGACGCGCUUCAGACAGACAUCAAAUUCUUCUUUAGAAUUCUCGCUCUUUGUCAUUCUGUGCAAGUGUCCAACGAAGACAUGAAGAAACUAAGCGCACGCUUCUCAUCAAGCGGCAACCUUCAACUCAUGAACUUCUUCCGGAGAAAAAAGAUCAAGAAUACCACUUCAACGAACGGACUUAUCGAUAAUGUGACUUGGAAUUCGAUUAUAAACGAGAAUGGGAAUAAUAUCGACUACCAGGGCAGCAGUCCUGACGAAAAGGCUCUCGUUGAGGCAGCUGAGCGAAUUGGAGUCACGUUUUUGGGUGAAGAAGGAAACAAUCUGCUGUUAAAGAUCGGGGAACAAACAGAACUUUACGAGAGGUUGCAAGUUAUAGAGUUCACCUCUGAAAGGAAAAGAAUGUCUAUUAUUCUGAGGGAUAAAGAUGGAAAGAUCUGGCUUUUCUGCAAAGGAGCAGAGAGUUCAGUAUUUCCGCUAUGCAAAGAGACUACUCUUAUUGAAGACACCGACAGAGAUGUGACGACGUUCGCUAACAGAGGUUUGAGGACUCUUGCGAUAGCGUACAGGGAAAUACCUGAAGAGGAAUAUGAGAGAGUUACAGAAGCCAUAAAGCGAUUAGACGGUAAGAGUGCAGACGCUCUCCAACAAGUGACCUUACAAUACAGGGUGUUGGAGAAGCAGUUGACCUUGGUCGGUGCCACUGGUGUGGAAGACUGCUUGCAGGACGACGUGGCUGAUACGCUAGCGUCUCUGAGGCGAGCUGGUGUCAAGACUUGGGUGCUCACUGGUGAUAAGGUAGAAACAGCAAUAAACGUGGCUCAAUCCUGCGCUCACAUCUCAGAAAACGAUAGAAGAAUGUUUUUAUUAGGCGUAGAAGAUAGUGUAUCAUUGCAAGCACAUCUUGACGAAUGUAAACGGAUAAUCGCCGAGCCAAGCUACAGAGAUCUGACUCUAGUUGUAGACGGGGCCAGUAUGGCCCAUGUGUUGGACACUCCGUUCGCGCCAGCGUUUGUGGAGAUAUCUCUCAGCUGUCAUGCAGUGCUAUGCUGUAGGCUGUCGCCGAUACAGAAAGCUAAGAUAGUUAGGUUAAUAAAAAACAGCCCAGGUUGUCCGAUCACGGCAGCCAUCGGCGACGGCGCUAACGAUAUAUCGAUGAUACAAGAAGCGCACGUCGGGUUCGGAAUAUUCGGGAAAGAAGGACACCAGGCUGCCAGGUCCGCGGACUUUGCCUUCACAAAAUUCUCGAUGAUCAAGAAGAUACUGUUAGUGAUGGGACACUGGUACAACCAGAGGCUAGCCACCCUAAUACACUACUUCUUUUAUAAGAAUCUAGUCCUUGGAAAUAUAAUGUUCGCGUUUCAAAUCUGCACAGUAUUUUCAACGCAGUCGGUGUUCGACUCGAUGUACCUCACGUUCUUUAACCUCAUAUUCACCUCUGUGCCAUGUCUUAUACUGUCAGUCACGGAACAAAGGUGGCCGCCUGACAUGUUACUCAGUAACCCAAUGCUGUACAGAGGUAUAAAGAAGAACAAGCUGAUGUCGUGGACUCACUUCCUGACGUGGUGUCUAUCCGCGACCUACCACUCGGUGGUCAUCUACAUGUUCUCGUAUCUCGCCGUCACUUCCUCCAUCAUCAACUCUGACGGGAAGCCGGUGGAUUUGUGGAUGUUCGGCGCCACGCUGUUCCACCUGCUGAUGUUUGUGGUGAGCUUCAAGCUGUGGCUGCAGGCGCGCUACCACACGCUCCUGUUCGUGGCCUCCAUCAUACUGUCCGUGCUCAGCUACAUGAUCUUCAAUACUGUGUACUCGUUGGUCGAUUCACAAAUCGACGGCGACGUUCUCGGCACGUACACGAGGCUGCUAUCAUCAUUAUCGUUUACCGCACUCAACGUGGUUGUCAUAGUAACAUGUUUAGCUCCGGACUACGUAGUCCGCAUGCUGUCAGACAAGUGGGGCCGUAGCCCGCUACACAAGCAGCCGCCAGCAUCGCAAGUGUUUAGCACUAGACUGUGAAUGACGCUACGCGGGUAAGCGUAGGCUUAUCAGUGGACCGUAGCUCACCCAUCUAACAGGUUUAUCGUACAAUCUGGACCAAAAGCGGAAAUGAGUGAAGUUCUGAUCCGGAUAUUGUUGCCUUUGAUAAUUCUUGCUUUUGUAUGGUAUUGGAGUAUGAAUGGUGACGAGCCAUAACUUAGUCAUUGAUGAAGUCAUUGGUGUGGUUCAAGUUAUCAUUGUGCAGUGAUCGAUAAACCAAGAAAUCUGGUUAUACAGUCUGGUCUAAACAACGUCCUGACAAAUAAACUCUCUAAGAACACUUAAUGUCACGUAGCGCCAACCGUGCUUUUCCUUCAAGUUUUCAGGAUCUAAGAGUUCCUAUUCCAGAGGCCCAUAUUGAUUUUAAAUCCCGAUAAACAUUUCAAAGGCGUCUGUCUUUGAUAAUGUCCUAAUUUUGACAGGUAACCCAUAACGUGAUAUAAUUACAGGGUGUAGUUUAGAAAUUAAGACAAUACAAUUAGAUAAUUAGCAGAAUCGUGCAGGCUAAAGCCUUUUAUGUUACUCGAUUUAUUUCUUAUCGAUAUUUUUUGUUUGAAGUUUAUUUUGCAGUAAUAUGAGGAUGCCUCUUGACAAAAAAACAACCUCGUAACGUAAUAAUUGUUCCAUAAUUUCCAA